AUGCUGUUGAAAAUGGAAGAAUCGGGUAGAAUGAUGUCUGACCAUGAUCACGAAGCCAGAGAACUUACAGAAAAGGAAUUGACCAAACUUCUAGCAGAUGUCAAUCUGGUUUCCGAAUUCAAACAAAACAAAUUAGAAAUCGAAGCACAGAAAAACUGGGAUUUGUUCUAUAAGAGAAAUACAACUAAAUUUUUCAAAGACAGACAUUGGACAAAGCGAGAAUUUGAAGAAUUUUCAGACAGUUUGGGGGAUUGCUGUACAGUUUUGGAAGUUGGAUGUGGUGUUGGCAACUUCAUGUUCCCAUUGCUAGAGGAGAAUCCAAAACUCAUUUUCUAUGCCUGUGACUUCUCACCCAGAGCUGUUGAUUUCGUCAAGUCCCACCCACUGUACAGCGCUGACCGGUGCACAGCUUUUCAGUGUGACAUCACUAAAGACCAGUUAACUGAUACAGUUCCAGAAGCAUCUGUAGAUGUUGCUACCCUGAUAUUUGUCCUGUCUGCUGUUCACCCUGAGAAGAUGGCUGAAGCUGUGAGCAAUGUAGCAAAG